AUGAAUCCAGAUCUGAAGCACCAAGUGGGGAAGGUGGAUCCGACGGAGAAAGCCAAAGACCCAGACGUUGCACUCGGUCAAGUGCGCGACAUCGGAGCCGGUUUGUAUGUGGAGGCCGAGCAAUUGACGGCAGAAGAAGUGGAGCAAGAAGGAGCAAGGGUUCUGCGGAUCAUCGAUUGGAGACUGAUGCCCAUUCUUUAUGUCACCUAUGUGAUUCAAUUCCUGGAUAAGCUGUCUCUUAACUAUGCGUCGGCAUAUACCUUGAAGGCGGAUCUGGGGCUCGAGGGUCAGCGAUACUCUUGGGUCGCCGCCAUCUUUAAUUUUGGAUAUCUCUUCUGGGCUAUUCCAUCGAACCUUUUGCUCCAGAAACUUCCCGUUGCGAAGUAUAUGGGCUGCAUGCUCUUGCUGUGGAGUGUCAUUGUCAUUGCGCACAUCGGAGCGACCAAUUAUGCCGGAAUCCUGGUGCUCAGGUUUCUGCUGGGAAUGGCAGAAGCCGGAGUCAGUCCAUGUAUGAUGGUAUUGACAUCGAUGUUCUACAAACGUUCUGAGCAGCCUCUCCGUAUGGCCAUCUGGCUGAGCGCCAACGGUAUGGCAACGAUGGUCGGAGCACUGUUGGGUUUCGGUCUCGGUCAUACGCACGAUGGCGCUCUUCAAAGCUGGAAGCUCAUUUUUUUAACGAUCGGGCUUCUGAAUUUUGUUAGCGGUGCCGUGUUCCUGUGGCUGAUGCCCGACUCGCCCAGCUCGGCGAGGUUCUUGACCCAUCGCCAGCGCCUUGUGGCUGUGCGGCGGGUAGCGGAGAACAUGAUUGGAGUGAAGACGCGGGAAAUCAAACCAAGGCAAGUAUUGGAAUGUUUGUAUGACAUCAAGGUGCUCUGCUGUGCUGGAAUCGGCAUUGCUUGUGGUGUCAUCAACGGCGGCGUAUCCAAUUUUGCGUCCUCUCUCAUUGAAGGCUUCGGAUUCAGCGGGAUUUAUGCGACAAUUCUCCAGUUGCCACUCGGUGCCAUUGAGGCGCUUAUAGUUCCGGUCUGCGGGUUAGUUGCGACCUUUGUGCCCAAUUCACGCUGCAUUGUGCUCGCCGUCGUGUGUCUGAUCCCAUUCGGCGGUUUGUUGGGGAUUCGCUUCACAAGCCUUGAUCACCGCUGGACUCUUGUCGGUUGUGCUUGGCUGCAGUAUGUGGUUGGAGCUCCAGUUAUUGUAUGCUGGAAUCUCCUAUCUACAAACGUCGCUGGUCACACCAAGAGAGCUUUCGCUAACGGCAUAUGGUUCACGGUUUAUGCUGGUGGAAAUGUGGCAGGAGCAAAUAUCUUCUUUGCUCGUGAGGCCCCGCGUUACAUCUCUGCCUUGACAGGGCUCUUGGUCUGCUAUGCGGGGAUAUUUGUGCUGUCUGCAGUGGCAUAUGUGGGAAUGCGAUGGGCAAAUUCCCAGAGGGACGCCACUUUGGCUACCAGUGAAGUACCGGAUGACCACGGCUCUCAGGCGAUUUUGGAUGGAUUCAAGGAUAUGACGGAUAUAGAGUCCAAGAACUUCCGAUAUGCACUAUGA